CGCCUACGAUGUCCUUCUCACCCGCAUCGCCGCCGUCCAUCCUGCUCACCGUCAGCAGCAACAACCGCCACAGAGCACGUCCGUACUCCUCAUCCGUCUCCUCCUCGUCCGCCUCGACGAGCAGCUCUGUUAGCGACCGCGGCGAGCCCCUCUCAUCGGAGACCUCCCUCAGCGGCAGCGAGGCUGGUCCCCUCCCCAAACGACCCAUGCUGUACACCCCGCGCGGCCGCGUCCGCUUCGCCCCUCUCCCCGACCCCAGAAGAUCCGUCCUCGUCACCGAGUCUGGUGAUGAACUCCCGCUUCCCUUUGAUGACCCCGACAUGAAUCGCGUCCCCGCCGCCGCGUCGGUUAGCUGCCCGGCCAUCACAAAGACCGAGUCCGCGCCGCCCAUGCUCGGGAACAAGGAGAACGAGAAGGACGAGCCCGUGCAGUACGCGACCGCCGCGACCGUCCUCAACAGCGCGCCACCGCUCGGCUCGCCGCGCAAAAAGAAGUCGCGACCGCUUUCCAAGACGCUCCUCCGUCCCUUUUCGAUGUCCUCCUCGGGCGGCGACGCGGACAUCAAGCGCUGCAGCUCGCAGUCGCCCUCCGAGACGUCGCUCACCCCCACACCCUCCCUCGCCUCCAACAAUAGCACAGCCACGCACGUCUCAUCCGCCACCCUCAAGUCCUUCCCGAGCCCCGAGGAGAUCCUCACGCUCGGAACCAUCAACCUCUUCCGCACCUCCUCGCGAUCCUCGGACUCGGGCAGUAGCCUCCGCAGCGGCUGGGGCCGUCGGACGUCCAAGGCGUCGCUCUACAACGGCGGCUCCCCGCUCACGCGCAGCGAGAGCACCCAGUCGUACGCGUCCCCGGCGAAGGCCGGCUCCAGCUCGUCCUCGGUCCCGUCCAGCCCGCUUCUCGGCAAGAAGAAAAAGAAGUCGCGUUCAAGCUCUGUCUCCGCGCCGGAGCGCCGGAUGCUUAACGGACGUGUCUACGGGCGCCGCCCCGUCUCCGCCGUCAACCACUUCCGUACGGCCCGGGACACGGAUCCCGAGUUCGUCGAGUGGGGCUACGGCGGGAUGGGGAGCGUGAAGAACGAGGACAAUCGGUGGAGCAAGGUCCAGGGCGCGACGUCCUUCGGCUCACGCGAUCCCGAUGAGGACGAUGGCAGCGGCAUGGGCUGGGUCCGCCGGAGGAAAGAGCAGCGCGAGCGCGAGGCCAGGGAGAAGGAGGAGCGCGAGAAGAAGGCUGCAUCGCCCGAGCCUGAAGUCAUCGUAACAGCACCACCUCGCACACCCUCUCCAAAACCCACCCCGCCAACGCGUCCUUCCCAAGAUACUCCCCGUCAAUCCACCACAGCCGCGCCGACACAGCAGCACGAGACGAAACUGGUGAACAUCCCUGCUGGGUCUCAGCGCGGGCACCUCCGGACAGCCUCGCGCAGCAAUUCCCUCGGCCUCACUGGCGUCGACGAGCCUCCCCAGGAGGCACGCGAGCAGGCGGAGGAGCUCUCGCGGCACCUCCGCGAGAUCUCGCACACCACGUCGUCCGAGGAAGAUUCGGAUAGCGAGUCUUCGGGCGAUGUCGAGCGCGAAGAGGAUGAUGACGAGGAGGACGAGGAAGAGGAGAAGCGGACGGAGGAGGCGCGCCGCAGUGCGAAGGCGGCCGGUGUCGAGCUCGUUAGCCGACAUUCGCAUUAAUUCGCACCGAACGCGAAGAAAAUCCACAAAAAUUAGGAAGGACGAUGACGAGAGGAAGGACAGCCCCGGCGCGCCUGCCCCUGCGCUCGCGCUCGACUCAACCCCCGACUCUGGACGGUGCUAUAUUGGUUCUGGGACUCUUUCAUAUUGAUCAUUUAUACUUGUGUGUAUACCCUCCCGUCGCCGGUUGCCCCCGGCCCGUGUAUCAUAGCCUGUUUCCCUCCUGCAAUCUUCUCCCUCUUCGGUCUUUUGUCGUUUCAUCAGCAUUCUAUCCCCAUUCCAUACUCGGAUCGACAUUCCAUUCCAUACUCGCCGCUCAGCAUCGCCACCAGUCUCCAUUAUCACAAUCACUAUAUUCAUUAUCACCACUUUAUUCGCACUAUUGCUCAAUUCCGAUCCGCACUACUCAAAGCCGAUCCGCGCUACUCAUAGGCGCGCGCUAUCCGACGCCGGCUCCGCCAUUUAUAACAGCACUUGCCGUCUCUCGCCACCGCCGUCUUCGCCAGCUUGUCAGUCCCUGCCGAUGCUCGCGUAUCCAGGCAUCGCUCGCGUGUCCGGCGGAAUGCCUCCAUUAUUCCCGUCAUCGCGCGCCGGUCAUCGCCCCUGCUACUCACUGACCCGCUCCCCACCGUCUCCCGCCUCAUCAACUCGCGCUUUUCCAUCCGACUCGACCAGUUGUUCGCUUCGCCAUUUGCCCUGUAUGCUCAUUCAACCAGUUUCGCGUUCACGUUGGUUGUCUAUAGUUGGAUUAUCCUUCUUCGCGGGUGGUGUCGUGGGCUGCGCUACUGGCCCUAGGGUCACGUCGCGCUACUGCCCUUCGGCUGACGCUGUGGUAUCAUUCGCCCUGGGCUGGCGUCGCACCGCCGGCCGCGGUCUGCCUUCGUAGGCGCGCACGCAGGGACUAGCCUCUGGCCGACGCCGGACAGCGCCUGUCAUCGCGGCUCCACGGUUCGACGAUCGCAGGUUCGCGACGCUAGCGUCGACGAUCCCUUGUCAGGCAGCGCUUCGCGGCGUCGACAGGCAUCGCUUCAUGGCAUUCAGAGGCCCGCCUCGCGCUGUCGAUAGGUCCGCCUCGAGGCUCGCAGCAGGGCUCAGGGCAAGGGCAGGGGGCGCAGCACGUCGGGCACGCCACGCGUGCAGCUCAUCGCUGUGCACUUGGUGUUGCGCACCAUGCAUCUGGUGUCGCCUACCGUACUCCUGGUCGCCUACCAUACCAUACCUCCGGUCGCCCCACAUACGUCUUGCGUCGUCGGGGCGUGUCGGUCGCGUAUGUCACGAACUUACCACCCUACUCUUGUUCCAUCGUCGGUCGCUUGGUGUACCUACUUUACGCAGCAUUACUUAUGAUAUUUCGCAUGCAUUUAUGGAUUUUAUGCGCUUUCAGAGUUC